AUGGCCGAAAAGAGGAACAAAGUCCAUUUUCAGGUUGAAAUUACAACUGGAGCGCAAUGGAGAGAGGCUUUGUUGAAUCCGUCACUUAUUGUAAUUGAUGUAUACCAGAGAUGGUGUGGACCAUGCAAGGCAGUGCGAAGAAUGUUCCAAGAGCUGCAGGCCGAGUAUGGAGAGGACAUACUAAAGUUUGGCGUGGCAGAGGCUGACUCUUUACAGGAAUUAUCUUCACUCAGGGGAAAAUGUCAACCAGUUUUCCUCUUCUACACUAGUGGUAAACUGGUCUCCAUUAUAAAGGGAGUCAAUGGACCUCUUCUACAAAAAACUAUUUUUGAUUUGGUGGAGCAAGAGAAGAAGAAACAAGAACUAGGCUGUGAGUAUGUACUGGAGGAUGGAGAACAUACAGUAUAUAUGAUCUUUGUACCUGUCUCAGAGCUGUCAGAGGAUGGGGUCUACCACGUGGUCAUCACAAAACCCGAUUCUGUGUUCAAAGGCAAAGCUGAGGAAAUCACCAAAAAAUUUGUGAAAGCCAUGACCAGUGGGCCCGUCCAUGCUAUGAUUCUCUCCAAGGGGAAGACCAGCGUCCUCAACUCGGAUCACGCAGAGCUUGUCGAACCAAAGAAAAGGCCAGACGAGGAAUCAGUCAGAGACCACAGCUGGACAGAUGCUAAUGAACUGUCCAGUAGACAGCUGGCUUUCUUCUUCCCAACUGCUGGCAUGACAGGAGCGACACGGGUGGAGGAGGAAUCCUCCAAUCCUCGAAUCCUGAAGACCAUCGUGCUCAUUCACCCCAAUCUCCUCACAGAGAAAGAUGAGAUCCUUCAAACAGUCAAACGUUGUAGUUUCCAGAUAACCAUCCAAGGGAAAGUGAGGCUGUCUGAGCAACAGGCCACAGUGUUUUACAAGGAGCAGCAAAACAACACAAACUUCUCUGCUCUCAUCAGCCCUGUCACCAGUGAGCCGUUGCUAGCAUUGGCUUUGGUUAAAGAAGAUGCAGUUCAGCGCUGGAGAGGUGUUGUGGCUCCAGAAACACAGAAGGAGACAGAGGAGGACUCUUCAGAGAGGUACUUCCUUCACCCUGUGGAUUCUGACAGUUACUGCAACACAUAUCAGACCCUCACCCUUCAAAUGAGUAGUAUCUGCUCACGGGGUCUCUCCGUCAUGAUGAUCCUGAGUAAAAACUACGCCAUGUCAAAAUGGAGACCUAUGACCAGUCCCGAGAAGGCCGAGAGACUUGAACCAAACUCUUUGCAUGCAAAGUUUGUCGGAAGCAUCCUGGAGAAUGCCACUAGUGAGGCGUUAAAUGUUCAGCAUGCCAUAGAGAACAUCAGCUUUAUCUUUGAAGAACAACCUUUGUAA